UCUUAGUUCACAUUUGAUUCAAGUGAAAUAUGAAUUAUCCAUAGAUGUUCAAUGUUGAGUGUUGAGUUUGAAUGGUAUCGAGUAGUGACAUAAACAUAGGAAACAAACAGACAUAUGCAGUCGGGGUAUAUGGGCAGAAUGUAUCAAACGAAUAAAAGAUAAGAAGGGGAAAAGACAAAAGGAAAGACACUGGUUCAACCAGUUUAGUAGAUAUGUUGGUUGGGGUAUAACAAUCAGUCAAGCACAUCAGUACAAGGGCAUGUCGCGAUAAUUGCAUGCGUCAUUCAGUGGGAUAUCGAAUGGAAGAAGCCAACUGGCUAUGUCGUAUGUCCAUGCAUCAAUAUGGUUGAGGUGACGUCAAGUCCUCAAGAUAGUAGGAGCCCCGUCACAAGGUUACGAACAAGACGGGUAGCUAGCAUCAUCGCACAGCAUGCCCGUCUCUGUCCAUCGCACAGGCGGUGGUCGCGUUUGGUAGAAUGCGGUAGGACAACCGGACCGCUUGCGAUACAGUCCAGAUGUCGGGCACCGGGUAGGGCGGAGAAAGGGUGGGGACAUUGCCUCGUGGUACUCCAGCAUGGGUGGGGAGAUGGAUGUGUGUUGAACACGGAGUCGUGAUGGUGUUUCGUCUGGUGUCACAGUAUCGGAUAGGAUAGGUUGGUAUCAAGAUAUCAGAUCGACCUGAUGUGUCUGGACGGUCGCUCAGUUGACGUAGACCAUCACCGCAAAGGAGAUUAGGCAGAAACACAGCGGAAUAAAGACCUUCCGAUCCAUCUCCGGGUUGGGAACUGGUGAGGAUGUGGUAGUGACGGAGCGGGAGAGUGAGUGGCGGGAUGAUGAUUUGGAGGAUGAGUGGCCCAUGUUAUUAUCUCUAGAGUGGUUGAUGCUGGAGUGUUGUAGUGUGUAC